AUGCGCCCUAAGCCAGUGUCGUCGCUGCAAAAGACCUAUGACGACUGUUAUUUGAUGUGCUCGACGGCUGUCUACUUCGAGGGUCAGAAUAAUGAAGAUGAAGCCUUGAGAUCUUGGCGAUCCGCCUUGGAAACUAUUUACUACCACAACGCCUACCGGCUCCCCGCGAGUUACACCCCGAGUACUGAAACCGAACGGGCUCUGCAAGAAUCCAUUCGUCAACUAGAACUUCAAUGUCGUGAGCGGGUUGACCUCCUAGACGCGCUUCGCGAGAGCAGAAAAGAACAGGAUAAGGAUAAAGAUAAAGACAAGGGCAGGGACCCGUCGAGUUUGAGGAAGUUGAGGUCCCCGCCGACGCUGCGGCCGCGAUAUAACACCAACCCUAAUCCAGGUUGGAUAGGGGAUGGGACUGUUCCAGCUGUGGGAUAUACCGACCUGUCGAAACCUCCUGCCAUUCCCACACGGCCUUUGCCUGGUUCUACCGUAGCCGCCGCCGUUGCAUCUGAUCAGCCAUCGUCUCCGAACCGCCCCACGACCGCCAGGACGACGUCGCAAACCUCUACUAGGUCUACUUCCCGCACUCCUAGUCCCGAUCGCCGGAAGAUGCCGUCCAUGCCGUCCACUUUACGCGAUCCAACUCUCAAGAGAAAGAAGAAGGAUACUUCGCGUCGGAAAGAUUUGCGUCCGGUUGCAGCCUCCCAGGCGGCGGGUCUCGCCUGGGGCUCUAUCUCGCGCACUCCUUCUUCUGAGAAGACUGUGAGCGGUGCUGCAGUGGCGUCCUCGCGGCAGAGUAUCUCGAAUGACUCAAACACAAGGAAAGAUUUUGAUGACCCGCGAAAUGACCUACCUUCGCCAAGAAGUCUUUAUCAUUCUGAUAAAGCGAGCAGCGAUGCCGCGUUGGCAUCCGUCCGUCCUAAAAUGUCCGAGCAGAAGUACUCCGACUCGAUUCGAGGAAUUCCUCGCGCCCAUUCUGGAGAUGCCCAGCUCCGGAGAAGGUCCCCGGUGAAGGAGAGCCCAUCCUCAACACCCAAGGCUCCGAAACUAAGGCACCGUGAUUCUACGGAACACCGACCAACCUCUGGCAGUCGACCUCGACAAUCACCUUCGAAAAUGGUCAGUGACCCUCCGACAAGGCCCCCUUCGAAGCCAGCCGUCAAACCCAAACCCAUAACAUUAAAAGCGCCACAAUCAUUGUCAUCUGGGACUUAUUCAAGUUCCGGAAACACAACCCCACAGCCACGAGAUACUGUACGGGACCCAGAUCGAGAUAUAGUCCGUGGUUUAGAUAAAAUAAAUAUCGCAGGAAGCCCUGUGCGACGAAAACCAAAUCCCGAGACCAAGCGCCCCAUUACACCACCUUUCAGUGACCUGGAUUCGCAAGGACGUAAGUCGGCUGAAGAUGCAGAUGCAGUCGAUGCAGAAGAUGUGGACGAAGACGUCGAGGACGACUCAUUCAUGGAAAUUUUGAAGAAGCUACCAAAAGGUGUAGACGUGAACGCCGCGCGCCAGGUCCUUAAUGAUAUCGUUGUUCGCGGAGACGAAGUCCAUUGGGACGAUAUUGCCGGGUUAGAGGGCGCAAAAAAGGCAUUGAAAGAAGCCGUGGUAUACCCAUUCCUCCGACCAGACCUCUUCUCCGGGCUCCGUGAACCAGCUCGAGGUAUGUUACUCUUCGGACCUCCAGGAACUGGAAAGACGAUGCUUGCACGGGCAGUUGCGACGGAGUCCAAGUCAACAUUUUUCUCUGUAUCAGCAUCGACGCUCACAUCAAAAUGGCAUGGCGAGAGUGAAAAGCUUGUGCGAGCUUUGUUCGGCCUGGCAAAGUCAUUAGCACCCUCCAUAAUCUUCGUUGACGAAAUUGACUCGCUCCUUUCAUCGCGUUCGUCAGGGACGGAGAAUGAGGCGUCGCGCCGAUCAAAAACCGAAUUUCUCAUUCAAUGGUCUGACCUCCAGCGUGCCGCAGCUGGGCGCGAGCAACCAGUAAAGUCGGGUGACGCCAGCCGUGUUCUCGUUCUAGCAGCCACGAACAUGCCGUGGGAUAUUGACGAAGCCGCGCGCCGCCGCUUUGUCCGCCGCCAGUACAUACCUCUUCCGGAGCAUCAUGUUCGGGAACAGCAACUGCGCAGAUUACUGAGCCAUCAAGUACAUGACCUUAGUGACGAGGAUAUUGAGGUUCUCGUUCAUGUUACAGAAGGCUUCUCAGGCUCCGACAUCACUGCUCUCGCUAAAGACGCCGCCAUGGGGCCUCUCCGUAACCUCGGCGAGGCUCUCCUCCACACACCAAUGGAUCAAAUUCGCCCUAUAUGCUUCGCUGACUUUGAAGCUAGUCUCCUUUCUAUCAGACCCAGUGUUAGUAAAGAGGGUCUGCGCGCGUAUGAGGAUUGGGCGAGGCAGUUUGGCGAGCGAGCGGGCUAG